AUGUUUCUGGGGCGGUUGGUACGCGUGUGUGCGUCUGCUGUGUACCGGUCGGGGGUCCCUGCAGGAUGUCAGGGUGUCUGCAGGGGGAGCUCUGUUCGGCCCAGGCUGGGGGCCCCCUCCAUGUCACGUGGGUGUGUGCUGAGCUCAGGGCGACAGGAGGGGACACAUAAGAGCAGCGCACGUCCUCCUAUCAUCCUACUGAGCGCAGCAGCAUUUUCUUUCUUCUCUAAACUUGUGGAGGACAAAGAUGAAGGGCUCACACCAGCCGAGGAAAAUAUUGUCUACAAUUUGAAGAGAGCCAAGCUUAGUAUUAUGAAAGGUGAAAUGGAAGAAGCUGAAGAAAUUUUACACAGGACUCUCCGUUUGGCACAUGAGUGUAAAAGCAAGCGGGCCAUUACUUACACUUAUGAUCUGAUGGCAAACUUGGCAUUCCUGAAAGGCGAGUAUGAAAAUGCAGAGAAGUUAUUUAAGACCACAUUGGUAUACAUGAUUGAUGGAGGCGUCAAAGAGGAUGACAAUUCAUUUAUUGAGAUUUCUUUAAAACUCGCCAGUAUCUGCGCUGCCCUUAAACAGGAAGAUUUAGCAGUAGCUGGAUUCCAGUUCUGCAUUAUAACUCUAAAUGAAAAGAUUGAAAAGGAAAAAGAUUUGUCUGAGGAGAUCAAGACAGCAGAAGAAAGGACAAACACGAGGCUUCUUUUAGGCUUAUGUCUGGAUUCUUAUGCACGCUACUUAGUAGCCAACUCACAGCUCUUUCAUGCCCAGACCAUGUAUGAGAGGGCCCUACAGAUCUGUAGAGAGGAACAAGGAGAACUGCACCCACAGACUGUGACUCUACUUAGUGACCUGGCUACAGUGCUGGAGGCUCAAGGCCGCUUUGAUGAAGCUCUUACCUAUAUAAAGCAAGCACUUGAUUCAGCACAAAAGACUGAGCACCCUAACCAGCAUGUUAUACUUGGUAACAUGGCAAUGAUCCUUUUACAUCAAGAGCAUUUGGUGGAUGCGGAGCGGAUCUUUAAAGAGGCAUUAACAAAGGCAGAAGAAAAGAAGGACUCGUGGUCUAUUUACUAUAUCCAGGAGGGACUCUCAGAACUGGCUAGGAGGAAGAAGAAACAAGAACAGAACUUAUAACUUGUAUACAGUUACAACAGUUUGGAGUAAAUAGUAUACUGUGUGGGAAGGGACAUUUUAGCUCAAUACGCUCUUCUUAACUAGGAGAUUUCUUUAUUGUUCAGUAGACAUACAUCGAUAAGGCUAACAUCAAGGAAGAAGGACUAAAGAGAUUUACACCUUCUGCCUCCAUGGUGGUUUUAUCUGUUUGUAUUCUGAACAAUAAAGAAGCCACUUAUUGAUCUUCACUGCUGCUCCCACUGAGUUGUGUGUGCUUGUUCCUUCUGUGUUGCAUAAAAGGGGUUAAAGAGGUUCUCCGUGGAAAACAUUUUAAACAGAUUUGUAAAUUACUUCUAUUUAAAAGUCUUAAUCCUUCCUGUACUUAUCAGCUGCUGUAUACUACAGAGGAAGUUAUGUAGUUGUUUUCUCUCUGACCACACUGCUCUCUGCUGACACCUCUGGUUUAUUGAAAACACUACACAGUGCUCAGAAUCUUAUUGAAACAAAAAGUAUAGCUUAUUUUUUAUUGUGUCCAUGUCCUGGACUGGGCCACUGCUCCUGUCUUCCUUGUCUGCUUUGUUACAAUGCUGUAGUGAUGAGGUGCCCAUAUACCAAUAUCACCACUGCAGCCAAUCACUGGCAACACCAAUAUACAGCCUGAGACCACUCAGUGACUGGCUGCAGUGAUGUGUGUAUGGACACCAUUAGUGCAGUGAUGUACACAAAUGCUAUGGGGAGGGCUGGAGCUGUGAUGCUCUACCAAGUGGAGAUAAAACAGGUGUGUAUAGGUUUAGGGUUAUGAUCCCUAACAGGCUGUCAUUUUUCAGGAAAUGAGACACUUUCUAUGUGUAUGUCAGUCAUUUCUGUAGCAUUAAAAAGAUGUAAAAGUUGUGCUGCACAUCACAUCUUUAUCUAAUAUCAUUUAUGUACAAGCAUGGAUGACUGACAAAUGCUCUUACAGUUUUGAAACGAAGAAACUUUUAAAGGGGUAGUCUGGUCCAAGAAAAUAUGUUUCAAAAAUAUUUUAAUAUUUUUUAACUGAUUGCCUAUGCAAUUAGCUGAUAUAUAAGCUUUUUCUCUGCCACUAUGUGCUCUCCAUCUCCCGGGGGGCUCUGUAGUUCAGCUGGUUUCCUUGUUGUCAGCUCCUGGUUACCCACCCCCCUACAUUUCACAGAUGACAUAUGAUCAUUCUCCUGUGUUCUGAGGGUUUGGCUUGACUAUCCAAGAGCUGACGUCAACUGUCUCAGCCUUAGUAAGAAGCUGCAGCUGCUAGAUUGUGGUGCCUGCUAUAAUGCAGUGUAAACAGACUGCUCGGAAGUACUGUGCAGAGGAUGAGGUGGAUGGGGAAGGGGACAGUGAGAGGGAUCUACUGCACAGGGCUGGGAGACUGUUAGGGUCUAUUCACAUGGCAGAAUUCCUCCUCAAACAAAAGCCCAAUACACUUCUAUAGAAGUCCACACUCCCAUUCACACUUCUGCAGAAUUUCCACUUGGAUGCCGCACCAAUUCAGCACAAAAUCCACACAAGCGAAAUUAGGGCGGAUGAGCGGAAAUUCUGCCGUGUGAAUAGAACCCUUAGGGUCUAUUCACAUGGCAGUAUUCCACCUCAAAUGAAAGCCCAAUACACUUCUAUAGGAUUCCGCACUCCCAUUGAUGGCGGAAAUUCCGAAGUGUCAUUGGGAGUGCGAAAUCCCAUAGAAGUGUAUUGGGCUUUCAUUUGAGGCAGAAUUCCGCCAUGCGAAUAGACCUUUAUGGAGAAAUACAUCAUGGUAAUUGCAGUGAGCAGGCACAGAUGAGGAAUUGGACUGCAUUCUGCCCGAAAUAAGUGUUUUUUGGAUGUGUAUCAAGUUUUUACACAAGGGUUUUUUUUUUUUUUUUUUUUUUACAAACGGAUCACCGGUCAGCCCCUGUAGGGCUCAACCACAUUAUGGACAUUCCACUUGGAAAAAAUCCAGAAUCCAGAAUUCACUUGCAACAAUUUUCUACUGCACGAGGACCGCGCUGGAUUCCUUUUUUUCUUCUUACUAUAUCGUCAGGUGUUUUGGGCACACCUAUCCGAGCGCAGACAACUGGCUAACUAUAGGGGUGAGCUGAUGAACUUUCUUUCUUCAGAAUUCACUGGCAGUAGCCUCCCAUUGUUCUCAAUGGGAUUCUGCUUCUCAUUUCACACAUCAGAAGUUCCAUACCAGAACUCCUGACAUGGAAUUAAAUUCUGGCAGUAGAACAUGUUAAUUCUUUUGGCGAAAUCUGCUUAGAAAAAAAACAUUAGUCAAUGAGACUUUUAUUUCCAACACGAAAUUCUGUGGUAAAAUUCUACUCAAAAUAAGUGCAGUUUUUUUCAGUGUUUGGUGAAGGAUGUUAAAGGGGUACUCCGGCGCUAAGACAUCUUAUCCCCUAUCCAAAGGAUAGGAUCCUGCCGCUGGGGACCCCCGUGAUCUUGCGUGCAGCACCCCUUCAGAAUCAGUCCCCGAAGCACAUUCGCUCCGGGUCUGAGUACUGGCGAACACGGGGGCCGGAGCAUUGUGACGUCACGGCCCUGCCCCCAUGUGACGGCUGGCAAGAAAAUGUUAAUGUAAAUCUUAUUAAAAUAUAGUAAAAUAUACAAUUACAUGAAAAAUCAAUACUUAAAAAGUUGUAAUCAAUUGGAAAAGUGUCCACACGUUCUAUGGAAUAAAAGCAGAUAAAUAAUGUAA